AUGGAAACGUUCCCACCCUCAACCGUUGCCAAAGACGCUCCCAUGGCAGGGGAAGCAGAGGAAGACUGGGGCGAAUUCCGUCGUGUGAUGGACAUUGUUUACUUUGAAUGGCUUAUAAAUCGUGAUAAAACCUUUAUUUCUCGGGGUUUCCAUGAAACUGUCAACAUCAGCCUACUGGCCUUGGCCUUGUCUGACCUCUUAAGCUUACUGCCCAUGGCAUGGAAGACGGUCUCGCUAAUCCUUGAUCUGCUGGACCCAGAACUCAUGCCGAUGGUGCUAAUCGACGUUGGGUACAUGACUGCAGCCGUGCCUCAUGGGAUAUUCGUCCGUAUCGCUUGGUGGAUCACCAACUUCAUCACCUUCGAGAGAUGUCUGUGCGUCACCUGGCCGCUCAGGGUCAAGCACUUCAUCACCCCGGCCAGAACUGUUGUCAUUUUGGUCGUCAUUUUCGUCUUCAUCGUCCCUGGAAUGUCGCCUCUGUUUGUCGGCAGCAGGCUGGGCUACGUGUUUUCCGGCACACGGAACAAAACACUCCUGGCUCGGAUUUUCAACGACAACGUCCAGUACCUGGAGUUCAUUGGCUUCACCUUCAGCGUGUCAGCUCAAUUCGGGUCUUUCUUUCUUGACAUUUUUUUCACCGUCAUCAUCGUCCACCAGCUUCUUAUGAAAUCAAAAUGGCGGAUGAAAUCUACUUCCGUCAACACCAAUGACAAGUUAUCAAUCCGCGACCGGAAGUUGGUGAAGAUGAUCGUGAUGAUAUCAUGUGUAUUUAUAGCCUCGCUUAUCCCCAGUUUUUUUAGUUUUAUCGUGGAGUUGAUCUACCCCAUGCAGUACAGUCUAGCUGCCCAAAACACAAACAUCUUUAAAGGGAUUUGGUCUGUGAUUUUUACCAUUGAAAUGGCUCAAACACGUCAGUUAGUUGAUGAAUUGAUGAAAGAUAUUUUCUUGAACGAUGUUUUACCUGACAAAGUUCUUGAACGAUGUUUUACCUAA